AUGUCUCUAAUUCCAAGCAUUUUCGGAGGACGCAGAUCAAACGUUUUUGAUCCCUUCUCGCUAGAUGCAUGGGAUCCAUUCGAAGGUUUCUUCACUCCUUCCGCGUUAGCAAACGCAACCGGUUCAACCGCUCGUGACGUGGCAGCGUUUACAAGCGCAAGAGUAGAUUGGAAGGAGACGCCAGAGGCACACGUGUUCAAAGCAGAUUUGCCGGGGCUAAAGAAAGAAGAAGUGAAGGUUGAGGUUGAAGACAAGAACAUACUUCAGAUAAGCGGAGAGAGGAGUAAGGAGAACGAAGAGAAGAACGACAAGUGGCACCGUGUAGAGAGGGCAAGCGGGAAGUUUAUGAGGAGGUUUAAGUUGCCAGAGAAUGCUAAGAUGGAAGAAGUGAAGGCGACGAUGGAGAACGGUGUGCUUACGGUUACGGUGCCGAAAGCUCCUGAGAAGAAGCCUGAAGUCAAGUCUAUUGAUAUCUCUGGCUAAGUCAAGUGUCGACGAAAAUGAAGAUUGAAGAUUUGGUGGUGGAAUAAAAAGUGUGAUUGCGUAAAGCUUUGUGUGGUCUUUUGGUUUGUUGUAUCUUGAAAAUGUUGUUUUUUUCUUCUGAAAAUCGUGAAUGUAAUAUGCUCUUAUCAUGAAUAAACCA